AUGUUGCCACAUCAGUCCACACAGUCACACUACGAUCCUGUUAAAGUAUCGAGCGGUAUGGCAACUACACUUAAUCCACCGAGUUUUAAAAAACCAAAGGGCCCUACGUCCCUCAUACUCAGGGGGCCCUACACCCCCCAUACUCAGGGGGCCCUACGUCCCCCAUACUCAGGGCCUUACGUCCCCCAUACUCAGGGGGACCUACGUCCCCCAUACUCAGGGGGCCCUACGUCCACCAUACUAAGGGGUCCCUACGUCCCCCAUACUCAGGGGGUCCUACGUCCCCCAUACUCAGGGGGUCCUACGCCCCCCAUACUCAGGGGGCCCUACGUCCCCCAUACUCAGGGCCUUACGUCCCCCAUACUCAGGGGGACCUACGUCCCCCAUACUCAGAGGGCCCUACGUCCCCCAUACUCAGGGGGCCCUACGUCCCCCAUACUCAGGGGGUCCUACGUCCCCCAUAAUCAGGGGGCCCUACGUCCCCCAUACACAGGGGGCCCUACGUCCCCCAUACUCAGGGGCCCUACGUCCCCCAUACUCACCCCAGGGCCCUACGUCCCCCAUACUCUGGGGGGGCCCUACGUCCCCCAUACUCAUGCUCAGGGGUCCUACCCCUACGUCCCCCCCCCAUCAGACUCAGGGGCCCCUCACGUCCCCCAUACACACCAUACUCAGGGGCCCUACGUCCCCCAUACUCAGGGGGCCCUACGUCCCCCAUACUCAGGGGGUCCCCCCUACGUCCCCCAUACUCAGGGGGCCCAUAAUCCAGACGUCUCAGAGGCCCUUAUCCAGGGGCCCCUACGUCCCCCCCCAUACUCAGGGGUCCCCAUACUCUGGGGCCCUACGUCUUCCCCCAUACUCAGGGGGGUCCCCCCAUACUCAGGGCUACGUCCCCCAUACUCGUCCCCCAUACUCAGGGGGAAGGAGGGGGCCCUACGUCCCCCCACCUCAGGACUCGAGGCCCUACGGGGCCUACGUCCCCCAUGCUCAGGGCCCUACGUCCCCCCCCAUAACAGGGGCCCGUCCCCCCAUGCUCAGGGGGGCCCUACGUCCCCCCAUACUCAGGGCCCCUACGUCCCCCCAUACUCAGGGGCCCCUACGUCCCCAUACUCAGGGGCCUACGUCCACCACUCUGAGGGCCUACGUCCCCCCCAUACUCAGGGCCCUACGUCCCCCAUACUCAGGGGGCCCUACGUCCCCCAUACUCAGGGCCUUACGUCCCCCAUACUCAGGGGGACCUACGUCCCCCAUACUCAGGGGGCCCUACGUCCACCAUACUCUGAGGGCCCUACGUCCCCCAUACUCAGGGGGCCCUACGUCCCCCAUACUCAGGGGGCCCUACGUCCCCCAUACUCAGGGCCUUACGUCCCCCAUACUCAGGGGGACCUACGUCCCCCAUACUCAGAGGGCCCUACGUCCCCCAUACUCAGGGGGCCCUACGUCCCCCAUACUCAGGGGGCCCUACGUCCCCCAUACUCAGGGGGUCCUACGUCCCCCUACGUCCCCCAUACUCAGGGGGGGGCCCUACGUCCCCCAUACUCAGGGGCCUACGUCACCAUACUCUGGUCAUACUCACGUCCCCCUACGUCCCCCAUACUCAGGGCCUUACGUCCCCCAUACUCAGGACUACGUCCCCAUACUCAGGGCCCUACGUCCCCCAUACUCACAGAGGGCCCUACGUCCCCCAUACUCAUACAUAAUCAGGGGUCAUACGCCAGAGGCCCUACGUCCCCAUACUACUCCCCCAUACUCAGGGGCCCUACGUCCCACCGUGCCCCUAUAUCCUCCAUACUCAGGGGCCCUACGUCCCACCAUACUCUGAGGCCCCUACGUCCAACAUACUCAGGGGCCCAACGUCCCCAUACUCAGGGGGCCCUACGUCCCCCAGACUCAGGGGCCCUACUUUCCCCAUACUCAGGGGGCCCUGAGUCCCCCAUACUCAGGGGGGGCCUUACGUCCCCCAUACUCAGGGGCCCUACGUCCCCCAUACUCAGGGGGCCCUACGUCCCCCAUACUCAGGGGGCCCUACGUCCCCCAUACUCAGGGGCCCCACGUCCCCCAUACUCAGGGGUCCCUACGUCCCCCAUACUCAGGGGGCCCUACGUUCCCCAUACUCAGGGGGCCCUACGUCCCCCAUACUCAGGGGCCCCACGUCCCCCAUACUCAGGGGGCCCUACGUCCCCCAUACUCAGGGGGCCCUACGUUCCCCAUACUUAG